AUGCCACUACCACUACCAUCCCGAGGCUCUAAACCUGAGAUGAAGAAAUCUCAGUCCAGCAACGUUGUGCCCAGCGAUCAUGGCCAAUAUGGAAAGAGAAGGGAGAAUUACCAAGCAAAGAUAUCUUCAUUUUCACCUAAGAGACCACGCAAAAAGAGAUCAGCUUUUGAAGAUCUCACCAACGCUUCUCAAAUUCAACCUGCCCAGCUCAAGAAGGAAGCCAGUAAGGAGUUUGUUAAAGAUGUUUCCAAGAAGAUAAAAGGGAACACACCUGCUCUUGGGUUGGCCAAAAACAAUGAGAUGAAUAUGGAAAGUUAUAAGCUGGAACCUUUGCCAGUAGUGGUCUCUAUUACCUUGGUACCAAACGUGGAGAUACCGACCAUCUCCAAAACAACCACUACUGAAGAGGCUUUGUUUUUCAAAAAGCAAAUAAUUUUAGAAGAGGAACCCAGUACUGAGGACACAACCCUCAUCAAGAGGUCAUUAUCUUUAAAGAAGUCCACAAAUCAGGGGGAGGUAUCCCUCAUGAAGAAGCCACCAUCUUUACAGGAGGAGGCUGAUAGUAGUGAUGAAUUUGCUGUAGAGCUAAUGAAUUUUGGGAAGAAGAAUAAAACUAAGGAGGAAGCCAUCACCAAAGGAACAUUAUCCUUAAAGAAGAUGUGCACAUAUCAGGGGGACUUGGCUUUGCAGGAUAUCAGUGUUGAAGAGGAUUCCUUCUUUAUGGAGCCAAUGAACUUUAGAAAGAAGCCUAGAACAGAGGAGGCAACCCCCACCAAGAAGGUGAUAUCUUCAAGGAAGAAGAAGUAUACCACUCAGGGGAAGAUGUCCCAUAUGAAGAAACCACUAGUAUUGCAGGAGACCAACUCUGAAGAGGAGUCACUCAUUAAGGAGACACUGGCUUUCAAGAAGAAACCUACUGUCAAGGAGGCAAUCCUCACCUUGAGGCCAUUAUCUUUAAAGAAGAAGUGUACUACUUUGGGGAAGAUGACUCACUCGAAAAAGCCACUAGAAUUGCAGAAGGCCACCUCUAGAGAGAAGGCACUCAUUAAGGAGCCAUUGUAUUUUAAAGAGAAACCUACCACUAGGGAGGAGUCUCUCUUCCAGGAACCCUCUGUAUUGCAAGAGAAGCACACCACUGAUGAGAAGGAGGUCCUCUUGAAGAAGCCACAAGCAUUGCAGGAGAAAAAAGACAGUAAGGAUACACUUCUUAUGGAGCCAAUGUCUCUUAGGAAGAAACAUACUACUGAGGAGGCAAACUCCACUAAGAAGCCAUUACCUGUAAAGAAGUGUACCAUUCAGAGGAAGAUGUACCACUUGAGGAAGCCACUAAAAUCGCAAAAGACCACCUCUGGAGAAAAGUCAUUUAUUAAAGAGCCACUGUCUUUCAAGAAGAAGCCUACCACUGAUAAGUCCCUUUUCCAAGACCCGUCCAUGUUGCAAGAGAAGCACACCUCUCAGGAGGAGAUGUCCAUCUUGAAGAAGCCAUUGACCUUGCAAAAGACUCCAACUGAGGAGGAGUCACUUUUAAAGGAGACUUUGGCUUUUAAGAAGAAAUGUACCAUCAAGGAGGCAACCCCCACCAAGAAGCUAUUUUCUUUAAAGAAGAAAAAGUGUACUACUCAGGUUAAGAUGUCCUGCUUGAAGAAGCCACUAGUAUUGCAGACCACCUCUGGAGAGAAGUCACUGAUUAAGGAGCCAUUGACAUUUAAAAAGAAGCCUAACACUGAGGAGGAGUCUCCCUUCAAGGAAUCCUCUGUCUUGCAAGAGAAGCACACCACUCAGGGGGAGGUGGCUCUCUUGAAGAAGCCAUGGUCAUUGCAGGAGAAUAUCGAUGGUGAAGAUGAAUUUCUUAUGCAACCAGUUUCCUUUAGGAAGAAACAUAGCAUAAAUGAGGCAGUCUCCACCAAGGAGCCUUUAUCUUUAAAGAAGAAAAAGUGUGCCACUCAAAUAACGAUGUCCAUGUGCAAAGAACUGUUGGACUUGCCGAAUAUGAUUGGCAAAGAUAAAGAUUCCUUCUGUAUGGAGCCAGUGUCAUUUAGGAAGAAGUCUUCAACUGAGGAGGCAGUCCUUACCAAGACACCUUUAUCUUUAAAGAAAAAGCAAAUCACUCAGGGGAAGGUGUUCCUCUUAAAGAAGCCACUGGUCUCAGAGAAUACCACCUCUGAAGAAGAGUCAUCCUUGAAGAAUCUAUUGACCUUUCAUAGAAAGUCUAUAACUGAAGAGGAGUUCCUCUUCCAGGAUCCAUCUACACUGAAAGAGAAGCACACCACUCUGCAGGAGGUGUCGCUCUCAACUAAGCCAUUGGCCUUGGCAGAAAAGACCACCACUGAAGAAGAAUCCUAUAUUAAUGAACCAUUGGCCUUAGAGGAGAAGCCUACAACUGAGGGGGAAUUCCUCUCUCAGGAUCCAUUUUCACUGCAUGUUAAACCUACCAACAAAGAUGAGUCCCUCUUCUGGAAGGCUUUGGGCUUGCAGAAGAAGACUGAUACCAAAGAUUACUCUUUGAAGAAGCUGUUUGCUUUGCAGGAGAAAAGCACUACUGAAGAGGAAUCCCUUUUAAAUAAAACAUUGGUUCUGAAGAAGGAGCUCUCUACUGAGGUGGCAACAAUAAGCAUUGAGAAGCAAUUAUCUUUAAAGAAGAAACUCACUGCUCAGGGGGAGGUGUUCCUCUUGAAGAAGCAGUUGGCCUUGCAAGAGAAUAUCACCAAUGAAGAAUCCCUUAUUAAGCAUCCACUGGAUUUUCAGGAGCCCAGAAUUGAGGAGACCAUCCUAAGGGAGUCCUUCGCCUUGCAGGAUAAUCCCACAAUUGAGGAAGAAACCAUCCUAAGGGAGUCCUUGGCCAUACAAGAGAAGCCUACUCUCAAUGAAACAUUCCAUUUCAAGGAGAUAUGUGCCUUGAAUGAGAAAUCCACCACUGAUAAGGAGUUGUCCCUGAAGGAGCCACUGGCCUUGCAAGAGAAUCCCAUCCACAAGGAAGACACCUUUCUCGAAGAUUUUUUGAUCCUCCAAGUUGAAACCAGCUCACAUGUGUCCAGCACUGCCCCCGAAUCCAGAAUAGGCAUGUCCAGCAAUGCUACCAUGUCCAGUGUGGGCAAGUUCAGUACUACAAACAAGUCCAGUGCUUGUGAAUCCAGUUCUAAUAGACCUUUCUCACCUUGGAGCAAGAGUUCACAGAAGGAGAUGACCCCAUUGGAGGAUAUUGACAAGAACCAUAAUGAUCCAUUUUUCAACUCAAUAUAUGCCAAGGAUAUCUUCAGUUACAUGAAGGAGAGAGAGGAAAAGUUCAUACUUACAAAAUACAUGCACAGGCAGACUGACAUCAGCAGUUGCAUGAGGGCCAUUCUUGUGGACUGGUUGGUAGAGGUGCAGAUGACCUUUGAGAUGAGUCAUGAGACCCUGUACUUGGCAGUGAAACUGGUGGAUCACUACCUUAUGGAGGUAAUAUGCAAGAGGGACAAGCUCCAACUCCUUGGUUCCACUGCAUUUCUGAUUGCAGCAAAAUUUGAGGAAUCUUGCCCACCUUGUGUGGAUGACUUCCUGUACAUCUGUGAUGAUAUUUAUCAGCGAGAUGAGAUGCUCACCAUGGAAAUCAGCAUCCUGCAGACCCUCAAAUUUGAUAUCAACAUUCCCAUUGCCUAUCAUUUUCUGCGAAGAUAUGCUAUGUGCCUCCAUGCCAGCAUGAAGACGCUGACUUUGUCCCGCUUCAUCUGUGAGAUGACUCUGCAGGAAUAUGACCUUAUCCAGGAGAGGGCUUCCAAGCUAGCUGCUGGCUCCUUCCUCCUGGCCCUCUACAUGAAGAAGCUCGGACACUGGGCUCCUGCCCUGGAGUAUUGCAGUGGCUACAAGACCUCUGAUCUUCACCCCUUGGUCAAGCAGCUAAACAUCCUGCUGACUUUGCAUCCUUGCAGUAGGCUCAGGACUGUGCAUUCCAAGUAUUCUCACCGGGUCUUCUUUGAAGUCACCAAAAUCCCCCCCCUGGACACAUUGAACCUGGAGGAUAUCUUGAACUACUGCUAA